CAAUGGUAUUCCUACACAAUCAACGCUAUUACAUGAGUGUUAGUGUUUCGAUUGAACAGACGCAGACGGGGUAAUAACAUUAUUUUUAUAGUACUAUAUUUCAUAAUACGGCGACGUCUUCUUGCGGGUAACUUUAUGUAAGUUUGUCGUGCUAACUUAGCUUAGUUAGUUAACACAAUUGGCCUACAAAAAAACGCUCGUCGAGCAUACGUAAUCGUGUAUCGGUCGUUAAACUUGCUUUAAUGAUGAGAACAAAAUCAAAUGGGUUUAAUUCUUUAGGUGUGCUGGUCACGUGGAAAACGUUAUGUGGCCUAGCAACGCGAGUUAAUUCAACUGCGCCAUAAAGUCCAACAACUGAACCUGGUCUCCAACUUUACAUAUAUUUAUCAGGUCAGUGAGAAUUACACACACGGCAUUUUAAUGCUGGAGUUGUACGUAAAUAAUUCUGGCAUGCAGCCACACAAUCGAUGUUAAAACUCGGAUGGGAUUAGGCUGUGUAUCGUUUUGUAGGCCAACGCAGCAGUAAUGUAGGGAGACAUCUGUUGAUAUAACGUGCAUUUCGAAACUAUGCUCCCUCUGUCCAGGAAAAAAACGACAAUAAAGAUGGUUAAGAUCUUUGUUGGCAACCUAUCCUCAAGCACGACCGCGGAAGAUCUGCGUUCUCUUUUUUCCGAGUAUGGCAAAGUAAAGGAAUGUGAUGUCCUGAAAAAUUAUGGCUUUGUGCACAUGGAAGGUAAACAGGAGGCGGAAGAGGCUAUCCGCAAACUCCACCAUCACGAGCUGAAAGGUCAAGCCAUAAACGUGGAAAUGAGCAAAGGGAAACCCAGGGGUUCCACCAAGCUGCAUGUGAGCAACAUCUGCAGUGGUUGCACCAAUCAGGAGCUCCGGGCCAAGUUCGAAGAGUAUGGUCCUGUGGUUGAGUGUGACAUAGUGAAGGACUAUGCCUUUGUUCACAUGGAGCGAAUGGAGGAUGCCAUGGAGGCCAUCAGUGGGCUGGAAAACACAAGCUUCCAAGGCAAGCUGAUCAAAGUACAACUGUCCACGAGUCGCCUCCGUACAGCGCCCGGCAUGGGAGACCAAACUGGCUGUUACGUCUGUGGAGAACAGGGCCACUGGUCCAAAGAUUGCAGACGUGGCCAAAACGGUAGCUAUGGCGGAAGCAUGGGGGGAUUCCCCGGCGGUAGAGGCCCCCCAAGGGGCGGCCCCAGUUACGGUAUGGGUGGCCCUGGAGGUCCUCCUAAUAGAGGUUACCCGGCAGGGCCACUUCCCCCUCCCCCACCUAUGAGCCGGCGUCCCAGCUACGGCGAGUAUGGCGCGGAUGCUCGAGAGCGGUACCCCAGCAGGCCACCGAGCGCCUAUCCGGAGAGGUCAUCCACAUAUGAGCGAGAGCGCUACGGAAGCAUUGACUAUUACGAGAAGUAUCGGGCUCGUCCGGCUGGCUCUAGCUUCUACGAGGAUAGGCCUCUCUCUAUUCCCCCUCCUCCUCCCCCUCCCUCUUCUUCCUCUCUCUCAAGGAUGCGGUUGGCUCCUCCCAGCCUCGAUUCCUAUGAGAGGCGCCCACUGGCGCCUCCGCCCUCCACAGCAUCAGCGUACUUCUCGCGGGACCGGAGCCCAAUCAGACGUGUGGGCGCCGGUUCGGAAGGCUACUCGUACGAGCGCUCGCGACUUUCCCCGGUCUCAAGGAGCUCAUCGACUUACGCCGCGCCGCGGUCCAGGGAGAACUACACCGAGCGGGUUCGAUACGCAUACUAAGCUACACACAUGCUAAGGUUUUGUCAAGUGACGAGAGUUCCGCUCCACCAUUAUGACUUUGCCUCGAUCAGACGAUCCGUCGGAUUUCAAACAUGCAGGAUUGGAUAGACACAUCGAUCACAAUGCUAACUAGCUCUGCACAAUGUUUUACCCAUAAUAUGUAAACUGUUGUUUAAUUUCCCCAUUCUAAUGGAGGCGGAAGAUUGCAAAAAUUAGUAGUUGUGAUUUGUUGGGUUUUUGCUUUGCUUUUCACUUGUAUCCAGAGGUAAAGUGGGGUGUUUCAUGUCAGCAUAUUUUUUAACUCUGCUAUUAAUUGCAAUUGAACACACUUUGUGAGAUUGUGAAGAAUUUUACUUUAUUUUUUUAUUUUAUUUUCCCCAGUCAAGUUGUGAUCCACUAUUAUUUAACUUUUUUAUGUUCCAAGACUUGUCUUCAGCUGUUGGGUGGGCUUGCCACUUGAUUUCUUUUAUUUAAGUUUUGUGUGGACAAUCUAGUUAUGUUUCUUUUUGGCGAUAAUCCCAGGAUUGUUUUUUUGGGGGGGAGUGGCAAAUUGUAAUUAAUCCUGCAGCUGCAAAAAGCUUUUUGGGAAAAUAAACUCUAAAAAUCAACAUUCCACUUUUCUUUUUAUUCUUAUUUGCUUCAGGUGCUUGUUCCGAAUUAAGUUUAACAUCUUGCGUGUUCAUUUGUGUUGUAUCAAAUGAGUAGGCCUAUGUUCAACAGGCAACUUGUUACUCCUGCCAAUGUCUGUUGAGAUUUUGUGAUCUUGGAGAAAUUAUUUUACUGAACUUGUUUUGAUUGUAUACUCCCCUGGUUGAUGUGUUAGUCUUUCAAAAAAAAAGAAAAGGAAAAAAAUAUCUGAUUUAAUAUACGUACAACCCAAGUAGUUGGGAAGCUUUCAGAGGGAUGCAAACUGUUCUGUACACACAAAUGACUGUUUAUGAGAGGAGAUCUUUAGAUUGUAAGAAGAUGCACCUGGAUGGAAAGGUGGACUCUACAUGAGAGUGAAUUGGAAAUUUGCAUUAGAUGUGCUUACCAACUCUCACUCAGGGCUUUAUUCACCUUUUGAGACUGCUGGCGUUUACUGGCGUUUCUUCUUUAUGGGUGCCUUGGGAAGCUCUGUGAAGAUGUUUAUAAAUUUAAUUUUCUGUAGUUUGUAUAUUUCCUACAGAAGUCAGGAGUGUGUUUUAUGAAUUAUCUUUUGUAAUAAACCAAUAUUUUGGUGACAAAA